UGACCUCAGUAAUCUGCAUAAAGGAUGACAGGCAUUCAACUGUGUUGAAACCGAGGGUAAAUUGUGUUGUAGCGAGCGUUGAAGUUAGACAGCGCUGCUAAAGUACGGGGGGAAAAGAAGGUGAAAUGAAACUUAGGAUAACGUUCUCGAAACGGCUACAUUAUCAAAGAUCUUCAGAGACUGCAUGAUUGUUGGCACAAAGGCCCAUGAAACGAGCAAGAAAUGGGCCAGACGUCAGUCUCAACCUUAUCUCAGAAUGCAAGCGUUGACGGGUUGGAGAAGAUAUCACUUGCUAACUCUGAUGUGGUAAUCCCAGGAUCUCAGACACCUCCACUCAAGAGAAAAGGCAAGCUUUCAUCUUUGGGAAACAUUUUUAAGCCUUGGAAAUGGAGAAAGAAGAAAACGAGUGAAAAGUUUCAAGAAACCUCAGCAGUGUUGGAGAGAAAAAUAUCCACAAGGCAAAGUCGGGAAGAAUUAAUAAGAAGAGGUGUUCUCAAGGAAAUCCCUGAUCAAGAAACCUCAAAUGGACACACAGUGCCUCUCAGCAUAGAGCCAGUCGCAGAAGUGGACAUUGAAAUACAGGAUGACUCUUCAGAGGGGAAGAAAACGUCACCAACUCACGAAACGGAAGACAAAAAAGAGAAGCCAGUUCAGAGGGCACAUCCGAUACAUGCUCGGAGGCCCCCAGUUAAAAAAUCCCAGCUGCCUCCAAAAGCUCCCAGUGGAGCUUCUGCCACCAGUUACAAGAAAGAAGAACCCCUGGUCAAAAAACUGCCCAAACCCUCGAGUAAACAGCCACACACCCCUCCUUCCAAACAAACUUCACAAAUCACUAAUCGUGUGAAUGCCAAAUCUUCUCAACCUAGAAAAGCUGAUUCUUCAAAGCCAGUUUCGCAGCCAUCAUCUUCAUCACCAUCAACAUCUUCAACCUCAACAGCUCGGCCAAAAGGCUCCAAGAACAGUUCUGUAGGCAAAAAAGGCAACUCUGGAACCCCUAAGGUUCAGAAGAAACCUGCAAAGCAACCAGAGCAUCACAAAGUCCCAACAACAAGUUCCCCAAAGAUUACUCCUGGACCCACUUCCAGCCGUUGCCCUCCAGAAGUGACAGAGGCUGGUGACUCAGUCUGUAAAGAGCCUGCAGAAUCAGAACUGCCACCCAGCUCUUUACCCAGCGAACAAUUAGCUCCGGAACAGCCUUCACCUCCAGAACUGCCAGCCAACGCCCCUCUUGACAUAACUGCUGAAGAACCACCAAAUGGCCAAGCUGCUGUAGAAGAGAAUGCUUCAGUUCCGUCUCCAUCUGUAUCCAUAUCAGACUCCAGUGAUCAACUUCAGGUUGAACAAGUGCAGGACAAUGGAGAGGAAGCCAAUGGACCUCAAGCUGAAGACAAGAACAUCUCUGGUGAAAAUGAAUCUUGCUCCUCGAGUGAUGAGGUGGAAGAAUCACCUGGUCCGGCACACCAGGUGUUAAUACGCACGUCUCCUGAGGUUACAUUAAUCCCGAAUGAUGAGAGCAAAGAACAUCAAGUGAGCGAUUCUGAUUCGGAUGGUCCUGUACUCUACAGAGAUGAAGAGGAAGAUGAGGAUGACGAAUACACUUCAAGUUCACUUGCAAAUAAAAUCCAUCGGAAAGACACGUUAACUAUUAAACUCGGCAACAGGCCAAGCAAAAAAGAGCUUGAAGACAAGAACAUUUUACCACGAACUUCAGAAGAGGUAAAACAGGAAAUCCGACAGCAACUGGUGAGGCGCCUGAGCCAAAGACCAACACCAGAAGAGUUGGAACAGAGAAACAUCCUGAAGCAGAAAAACAAAGAAGAGGAGCAAGAGGCCAAACAAGAGCUGAAAAGAAGUCUGUCUCGAAAGCUUAGUUUAAGGCCAACAGUUGCUGAGCUUGUUGCACGUAGAAUACUCCGGUUUAAUGAGUACGUGGAGGUAACAGAUGCCAAGGAUUACGACCGGCGAGCUGAUAAGCCAUGGACAAGGCUUACACCUGCUGAUAAGGCUGCAAUCCGAAAGGAAUUGAAUGAGUUUAAAAGCACAGAAAUGGAAGUACACGAAGACAGUAAACAAUUCACAAGGUUCCACCGCCCCUAAUGCUUUGGUUCAGAGUGGUACACGGCUCUCCAGAAAAAAUGUGCGCUGGAACUUCUAUGUUAUGCUGCACAUGAUCCAGCAGGUCAUUUAACUGGACUUCAGUGUACUGAAAAAGAAUCUGCCUGUCAGAAGUUUAACAUUAUGAUUAUUGUAAUUCUUCCGCUAUGGAGAUAAAUAAUUAGAGAUGAAGGACAUUCUGGCACCAGUAGGUUAGCUGCAGCAUGACCAUGUUAAAUUCUCAUGAGGCCUACCUAAUUCUAAAAAGGCACUUAAGAAGACUGUAUGAAGGACAGCACUACUGGAAAAUCCCCAGACUAGCCCAGAUGGGGGAAGAGCUGGCCUUGACAAAUUAUAGUUCCAAGGUUUGAUCUCCAUUAAGGAUUCAACUACUGCACCAAAAGCAUUUAACAUUCAAGGUGUUCUAGAUGACAGCCAUUUUAAUACCAUGAAUUUAAGAAUACUACUGUUUGUUUUUUCAAUCGAUAUAUAGGAGCUGUAUUUCAAUUAUCAGUUAAUUGUUCCUAUUUUUGUAAAUCUUUUGUUUUGCUAAAUACUGUACUUGCAGUUAUUAAGUGCCAGUUAAAACAGUAUUUACACUGUAUUUACAUAUUUUUAGUCAAUCUGACCAUGUUUUUUAAUUAAACAUGCAUGAAAUCAUCAGCAGCUAGGGUUUUCCAGACCUGGCAUUAAAUGCCCUUGCUUUUGCAUUUUACAUACAUGCAUGGUAUACUAAUUACCGUAUCAGUAUCCAUAAUAAAAUAUUAAUAACAUUAGAUAUGCACUGUUACUUGAAUAACAGUUUUCUUCAUUGUUUGUUUAUUAUAUAUCAUGUAGCAUAAGCAAUUAAUAUCUACUUAAUAUAGCAAUAGAUCAUACCAGAUGGUAAAUUUA